AUGGGCGGCGCGCAGACUGCUCAGUGGGCGGAACUGACCGCGGCGGCGCGCGCACUGAGUAUGGCGGGGGGGCUGUUCGACGUCGUCACCGACUCCCGCUUCGUCGCGGAUUAUAUCGGAAAGAUCAAGAACCAGAGCACUGUGUACGUUAUCAGCAGCGCUCUCCCAGACUUCAUCGGCAAGGUGUGGCAUACAAUUCCGAGGGACAUCUCGUUUGUGCUUGUCACUGGCGCAGCAGUGACAUCGGUGCCGUUUGAUGAUAAGAAGCCGCCCAAAGGAGGGAAGUUGCUCGGAUGGACUCAAGAGGAGUUCGCACAUUUCAUCAAUGACCCUCGCAUUUCGCAUUGGUUUACACAGAAUGCUGUGGCCCGGCAUCACAAACUGACUGCCAUCCCACUUGGCAUUGAUUACAGGUGGCUGAACAGGAUGGGCAGUGGUAAAGGUCACAUUCCCGGGCACGCUUGGGGUGAUCACAUGACGCCUCAAGAGCAAGAGAGUCAGUUUCUCGGCGUCAUAAAAGCCCAGAAACCAUGGCGAGAACGAGAGUCGGCAGCCUAUGCGGAUUUUCAUUUUCAAAUGGACAGCAGAGGUGGGUCUGGGUCUCGCCAACAUGCUCUCCAUUCCCUACGGCAGACCAAAUAUAAAGAUUCGAUGCAUUGGGCGACUAAGAGACGCGAUCGCGUGGACGUUUGGAAGGAGUAUGGGAAACACAAAUAUGUGGUUGCACCAGUUGGCGUUGGCUUGGACUCCUAUCGUGUCUGGGAGGCGUUGAUCCUCGGCUCGAUCCCCAUCGUGCCCCGCAGCGAGCUCGCUGACAGCGAGCUCUACGAAGGGCUCCACGUAAAGCGAGUCAUCCAAUGGAGUAUGGUCGACGUGCCUGGCUUCAUUGAAUCCGCGACGUCAUCGAUGGACAACUCCUCGCAGGAGGGAGAGCCCGUCUUCAACGAGAAGCUGACGCUGGAAUAUUGGCUUCGCCUGAUCAGGGAGGCCGCGGUGAGAGGGCCUCCUUCCCGUCCGCAGCUCUAG